AGAGAGAGAGACAGAGAGAGAGAGAGAGACAGAGAGAGAGAGAGAGAGUCAGUCAGUCAGUCAUACUUCACUGAAAUCGACGGCAGUCUCGGAUUAUGUUCUCAUGUCUUGUAUUCCUCUGUGAUCUGGAUGUAUCAAAAUUGCAAUCUUCACGAUGGAGCAGUAACGUCUGCGCUGCUUUGACUCUGCGUUCAGGAGCUGCUCUUCAGAUCUACUUGCCUGCUACAGAUAUAUGCUCCUAAUACCUCCAGAUCAUCAGGACCAUUGGUGUAACGUCUGAGGCUGUCUCUCCAGUGGUUCAGGAGGCUGUGUGGUCCAGUGGUUCAAGAUUGUAACUAGGAGGUUCCUAUCCCAGCUCAGCCACUGACUCACUGUGUGACACUGAGCAAGUCACUUAACCUCCUUGUGCUGCGUCUUUGGGAUAGACUCUUGCAUAACAUUCCACCAGUGGAACUAGAAAGCCAUCAGUUUCAUUAAGAAACUUCUCAAGCAGCAUCUUGGUGGACGUCCAUAAUUUGGUGCAGCGUCUCAGUUUUGGAACAGGCAUUAUAAGUAAAAGAGGACCAUCUGGUACCUUAUUCUUUAGAGUAGGAUCAUAAUACUUGAUCUAUCCAGAACUUUGGUUGACUUUCAUAAUUUGGUUAAAUGGUUCAAUUCAAGUCUAAAAAGGACUAGCCUUUGAUAGUCAGAUAUCUUCUUGGUCUGUUUAGGAGUUCCUAGUAUACUUUGUAUGGUGGUAGACAUCCAUAUAUUGGUUGAAAAGCCUCACUUUGCAAAAUAUAUGUAAAAAAGGACUUCCUGCUUUCUUGGUCUACGUUGGAGUUUCUGAGGAUCAAAUUGUUUGCAAAGGCUUUCAUCAAAGGCUUUCUAUCUUGGUGGACUUCCAUAACUUGGUUAAAUAUCUCAGUUGCUGGGGACAUAAUAUAAGUAAUAAAGGACUAACCAUUCAAAAUCUGGUAUCUUCUUGGUCUAUGUUGGAGUUCCUGAAGAUCAAACUACUCGCUAAUACUUCCUAUCUUGGUGGACUUCCAUAACUUGAUGAAAGAUCUCAAUUCUGCUAUCAAAAUAGUCAGAGAUUCAAAAUCUUGUGUCUCCGUGGUCUAGCUGGUAAUACAUCUCAGUUCUAGGGGAAAGCAUGAAGAUGGUUAAGUUCUUAAUAGUUUUCAUUCUGAGUUUGGAGCUCACCUCAGUCCUCUCUCAGAAUGACACGGAUCCCAUUGUCCUGGAGGGGAAGUGUCUGGUGGUCUGUGAUUCUACUCCCACUUCAGAGCCAGUUGGGACUGCAUUGGGAAUGUCGGUGCGUUCCGGGACUGGGAAAGUGGCUUUUUCCGCAAUUCGGAAAACCAACCAUGAACCGUCGGAAAUGAGCAAUCGUACAAUGACGAUCUAUUUUGAUCAGAUUCUAGUUAAUGUCGGAAAUCAUUUUGAUCCAGUCAGAAGCAUGUUCAUCGCCCCCAGGAAUGGAGUGUACAGCUUCUGCUUCCACGUGGUCAAAGUGUACAACAGACAGACCAUACAGGUGUCACUGGUGUUGAAUGGCUGGCCUGUGAUCACUGCCUUCGCUGGGGACCAGGACGUCACAAGAGAGGCGGCCACUAACGCAGGGCUCAUGACCAUGGAGAAGGGAGACAAGGCCUACUUGAAACUGGAGAGGGGGAACCUGAUGGGGGGCUGGAAAUAUUCCACCUUCUCUGGCUUCCUGGUCUUUCCACUCUAAUCCCAGAAUUAGGAAUGGUUAAGAUUAGUUAGGAAGUCUGAAACAAUAAUUCCUAUUUCUAUAGCGCCUUUUAUCACAAGGAUCCCAAAGCACUUCACACACACAAAAUGUGUCUAAUACAAAAUUGGAUAAAACAGAAAUUCAAAAAUAGAUAUAAAGUGGUUGUAAAAUAGGAAAACUAUUAUUUAAAAAAUAUAUAUAUUUUACAAAAAUGGUUUUAAAACAGUACGAGUCCCAGCUUCCCUGACAGAAGAAGGCAGAGCAUUCUAGUUUCACCAAUUCAGGCUCCCCAUUCAGGAGCUUUACAAGAAAAGGCAUUCCCUCCCGUGUCAUUUGUAUCCACCCUAGCCUUUAGAUCCUGUGAUCUAAGAGUGUAGUUAGGGGUAUACAGGGGCAGACAUUCCCCUUGCAAAGGCUUCCCACAGUAAAGGCAGAGCCAGUCUGUCAGUCACACACGUCAUCCAUUGCUCUACAUUCAAAAUCAGAGCUAUCAGUGGAAUGAAAAAAGUUGAUGCAGUACAGAACAGAAAGAGAAAUUAAAUGUUUCAUCACAAUCGGAUAAAUGGUUCUCCAGAUAGAUGCAACAAUGUGACGUACUGAUGGAAGGAUGCACAGACAGACAGACGCCCCUAUAUAGCCCCCUGCUCUGAUAUUCUCAAUAACUUCUGCUAUAUAAUGUUAAUACC